UCUGAGCCAACAGAGAACAAGAGCGUUGUGAGCCAAAACAAAAAUGGCGUGGAAAAUUUGCUAUAGUUGCUUGGAUACAGUCAGCUAACUUUAGAAGUGACUGUGUAUUUAGCAGCAUGGGAACUAAUUUACUGAUUGCGGGACCACCUUACGGCCACGUGUUUUCCAGCGAGAAAUGGAGAAGUUCGUCACUCAUUGAAGGCUUAAAAGGUGGAGGUGUGAAGAUCCUGUUUGAGAAUGAACUGGGUGUGGUGGAUUUUUACCUGCCCAACAAAAGCACCGUCCUGUAUGUGUCUGAGUGCGACAUCAUAGCAGGAAACGGCUACAAAAGGAAGCUGGUUCGCUACAGAAAUACCAGCAACAGCUUCCAGGAGCUGGUGUUGGUGGAGAAGACCAAGCUCAGUGAGCAGUACUUCCCUGCUGUGCAGAAGUUUGUCGUUUUUGACCUGGGUUUGUCUCUGUUGCCAGUCAGCGGACAGACUGGCGCCUCACAACUCAUUACUCAUAUGGUUCUCAGUGGGAGUCAGGAGAACCCCUUCAGAAGGAAGAGUGAACGUUGUCUGUUAGACCCGUUGGUCAUGGGUGUGGUCCAGAAGGUCCCUGGGGUGGGCAAAGUCAGAGCUCAGGCCCUGCUACAGAACUUCUCAAGCAUCCAGCAGUUGUGCAACGCCACCCCUGCUGAACUGACGCUUAUCGUGGGCAAGGCUUGUGCUCAGCGGAUCCACAGCUUCUUCCACAGACACACUGCUACAGGAAGUUAAAGGAGCUGUAAAUUUUUCAAUGACAGCUGGGCCAGCAUCAGAAACUUGGAGAAACACUUUGGCUCACAUGGACACACUUUGUUUGAAUUUUUGGGUUAAAUUCCAACUUGACAGUUUUAUUUAAAAUGUGCAUACAUUAAGAAAUGAUAUUGUUUAAUUUUAACUGUUUGGACAGAUAUGUUGUCAAAACUGUGAAAACAUAUUUUAGUUGAAGACCCUCUCCAGUGAAAAUCUUAAUUUUUUCCUAUGUUAACAUAUCCAUAUGAGGUGUUUAUAUUCUGAAAAAGACAUUAUUAACAAAAAAAUAAAAUGCAGUCCAUUACAUUGCUGUUUUUUUCCACCAAAACACCAAUUCAUACACUAAAACUGAAGGAAUCAAUUCUGUCACCUUCAGAGUAGGAUUUUCUGUACCUUCAUUCAUCAGAGUUGGUUUCCAAUUAAAACAUGUUUUGCUCAAUUUCUCCAAUAUCAUGACUUGCCAUUUUGUAGCCAAAAGUAUUACACUCUUUUAGCAGAGUCCUAGUUGAAGUGGUGUGCUUGAGCUGCAGCGAGUUCCAAAGGGUGGGUGAAGAGUGAGACAAGAAUUUCAUAGACAUCCAUUUUCUAGAGGACAUCUGUUUGAGGAUGAAUAUCGGCUGUUAGUGUUGCAAGUAUUAGGUCAUAAACUAAACUGGAGAAAACAUGAGUUUGAUAGAGUGAUGGCACCGGAUGAAAAGACACAUGAUCACUCAGCUUCUUGCAAUUCAUCCUGAGAUUAAUAUAAAUGCCCUUUAAUAAUUUCACAGCAAUGUGUCAAAAAGUCAUUGUUAGGCAGUUAUUAAAUUCUUUUUUUUUUUAAAGAGGAAAUGUCAGUCAUAUACUAUACAUACACUACCAUUUAAAAGUUUGGGCUCACAUAGAAAUGUCCUUAUUUUGGGGAGAAACACGUUUUUUUGUUUUUUUUCAAUGAAGAUAACAUUAAAUGAAUCAGAAAUACAGUCUAGACAUUGUUCAUGUGCUAAUCAGCCGCUUUCUAGCAGGAAACGGCUGAUUUUUAAUGGAACGUCUACAUAGGGGUAUAGAAGCCCAUUUCCAGCAACCAUCACUCCUGUGUUCUAAUGGUACAGUCUGUUAGCUAAUGGUGUUGAAAGGCUAAUUGAUGAUUAGAAACCCCUUGUGCAAUUAUGUUAGCACAUGAAUAAAAGUGUGAGUUUUCAUGAAAAGCGUGAAAUUGUCUGGGUGGCCCCAAACAUUUGAACAGUAGUGUAUGUUGGAUGAUUUUUGCAAUAUGUACUAACAUUUCUUAUUGUGACAAUUUUUUUCAUUUUUGUACUCUGGAAUAAAUAAACUUCAAUCAUUUGUAGCCUCA